UUUACAAUAGCGCACGGGAAGAAUCUAUGAAGACGCAGACACGUUUUUCACUCUCCACACCAGACAGCGGGAACAGAGAGUGAUCUGCAGCCCCCAUGCCGGGCAUCAGCUCCACCGCGCCUCGUUAUGAAAACUGGGACAUGGACCACCUCGACCACUACCAGCACUAUUUCUACGACGACCACGACCCGGACGAGGAUUUCUUCAAGUCCACUGCGCCGAAUGACGACAUAUGGAAGAAAUUCGAGCUGGUGCCGACCCCGCCCAUGUCUCCCAUCCGGGCGGUGGAGGGGUCCGGGAGGGUCGGGCUGCUGCACCCGUCCCUGGGGGACAAGCUGGAGUGGGUGUCCCAGUUCCUGGGGCAGGAGGAGCAGCAGCAGCAGCAGCAGCAGGACCUGCCCUGCAGGCUGGCCACUGCCGGCGACUCCAUCGGCAACCUGAGCUCCAUCAUCAUCCAGGACUGCAUGUGGAGCGGCUUCUCCGCCGGACAGCAGCUGGAGAGAGUGGUCGGGGAGCGCUGCGCCCCCUGUCCCGGGACGGCCAAGGUCCCGUCCCCGGGGAGGGCGCAGGGCGCUCCGGCGGACGCCGCGGCGCUCGGCAGCCUGGCGGCUGACUGCGUGGACCCGGCGGCGGUGCUCACUUUCCCCUUAUCCGGUGGAUGUAAGAAAGCGGUGUCUUCUGGGUCGGAAUCGCACAGCGACUCAUCAGAUGAUGAUGACGACGACGACAAAGAUGAGGAUGAAGAGGAAAUCGAUGUGGUGACGGUGGAGCACAAGCAGCAACGCAAACCUCGCCGACUGGUCAACGCCCGCAAGCCGGUGACCAUCACGGUGCGCGCCGACCCCCUGGACCCCGGCAUGAAGCGUUUCCACAUUUCCAUCCACCAGCAGCAGCACAACUACGCGGCGCCCUCCCCGGACACCCUGCCGAUGCCGGCCGAGCCGCCCCGGAAGAGAGUCCGGCAGGAGACGUCUUUCCAGGCGACGCAGCCCCACCUGACCCCUCACCACCACCACCACCACCACCACCACCAGCCCCGCCCCGGCCACGCCCCCCUGAACUUAGACAGCAGGAAGUGUCACGGGACCGCGGCGGGAAUCCGAUCGGAGUCGCCCGACCUCAGCGCCUCGUCUCCUACCUCCUCCACGUCGCCUUCGUCGCCCCCCUCCUCCUCCUCGUCCUUCUCGCAUCACCCCCAGAGCUCGCCGUCGAAGCCCCACUGCGUCUCCCACCUCUCCAGCCCCCAGUCGUCCGAUUGCGAGGACACGGACAAGCGCAAGGCGCACAACUUCCUCGAGCGCAAGCGCCGCAACGACCUGCGCUCACGUUUCCUGUCGCUGCGGGACGAGAUCCCGGGCCUGGCGGACUGCCCCAAAACUCCCAAGGUAGCGAUCCUGACCCGGGCCACGGAGUACCUGCAGCAGCUGCACGCCAGCGAGAGGCAGAAGGCCCUGGAGAGGAAGCAGCUGAAAAGCAGACAGCUGUACUUGCUGCAGAGGCUCGCGCAGCUCAAACGAUCCUGAGCGACGCAAUCAGCUGUCGCCAUGUAUACACACACACACUUUCACGGAACUGAAUGGGACUAGAUGAAGGAGAAAAGACACUAAUGCUCACUUUGAGGUGGUCACGUUGGAAUUGUGCGGGUGGAUUUUGUUUUGUUUUUUUUUUCCCCCUGUUUUUGUUUUGCACAUUAGCUUCUGAGUGAUUGACAAGGCCACGAGCCGUCAGGACAGCAAGCUAGGGACUGUUUAUUAGGAGGCAUCUUUACGGGCAGAUUAAUAUGUCCGUGGCCGCACAAGAGAGAUUUGUCCAAGUGUUAUGUUUCCCCCGUUGACAAAUAUUCCAAGCUGUUGCUUGCUAUAGGAAAGCCUGCUGAGACUGCAGCAGCGUUUGAUAAACUGCUAUAAUUGUGCUGGUAACUGCUGCACUGGUCAGGCGCAUUGGCUGUGAUGGGACUUGUUGUGCUUGCACAGCUGUGAUGUCUCCCUGAAGCUUCUUAGUGACCCCCCCCCACUUCAAUGAGCCUGCUCUUUAGUGCUUGUCACAUGACUUGUGAGUUUCAAGUUGAGUCCCGUUUUCCCUGCUAUUUCUCAUUUUCCUUCCAGUACUGCAUCUUAUAUUUCCCAGUUCUCUCUUUUUCCUCCUCCGUUUGGGAAGUUUCUAGCCUCGUUGGAGACCUGGGUCAUACAACAGCGAUGCUACAACUGGAAGGAGGCAAUUUUAUGCUGCAUGUCUGGAAUAGAUGAGGUUAAGCCCCGACUUCUCUCCCUGCAGGUUCCAUUCAUAACUCCAGCGUUCCCUUCUUGCAUCACAACUGUCUCAGCAGCAGAGUGCAAAUAAUAACAGCUUGUUUUUGAAGCAGUAUUUUGAAAAAAUAAAAAGAUGAGUUGCCAUGCAGACAUCUUUUUUUUUGACACCAUCAAAAAUACUAAGAUUCAUCUCUCCCUUUAUUGUUGUGCCAUGGAGAUCAGCCAAAAGGUGAAUGUCGGCUUCAGUUUUCAAAGAAUGGCUUCGAUCUACGUUUGUGCGACAACAAAAAUGCCAUUGUUUGCUUGGAGUUGAAGCCCAUUGAUUUUUUUUUUCUCUUCAUCUUGCUAUCUGAUAUAUUUGGGGUUUUUUGCAUUUUGAUGUAAUGCCUUUAGAAGCCUUUCAGUGUAUGUAGACUAUCCAGUUGGAUGUUAUGUAUAUAGAACCCGUACUGUACAGUCCCUUCCAAAACCAGAGGUGUCUACUAUACUCAUCCUAGUUUUUGUUAAGCCCUGUGUCCUGAAUCGGGGCCAAGCUUGCUGACUUUUCAAAGAUAACUCAAAGCUUCUAUUUUUGUUAAUAAAAUUAUUAUUAAAAAAAAAAAAGUUGAAAUAAAACACUUUGAACAUUGAUCACACUAGCCACUUUGUCACAUGUUAUUUUUUUUAUUUUUUUUUUUUUUGCAAAGCCUACUUGUUUGACUGUUUUCUGUCUCCGAGGUCUCUUUCAUUUGUACGAGUCAGAACUGACAAAAGUUUUAUACUAUAUUUUCCUACCGUCACGUUUCAGUGUGAGCUAAUGACUGUUUUUGUUAUUGUAGCAAACAGGACUUUACUGGUGGUUGUGUGCUGAAACUGAGAUGUGGGGCUUUUUUUUUUUUUUUUUUUUUUCCUCCCUCUGAAUUGGAAAGCACCUGAACGCUGCUGCAUUCAAUCCAAUCACUGUUCCUAUAGCACUCUCUGGCGCGGGUGGUGCAGAGGGGGUGGGGACUUAAGAGGAUCUACCGAUUAAACUUGGCGGCUGUGUGUAGCCUUUAGUGACAUCAAUGUUAAUGCUUUCUCCGUUUUUUUUUUUUUUUUUUUUUUUUUGCAAGCCUGGUGCUCCCUAUUGUUCCAUAAGCCAUGCGACAGAACACUGUAGCCCUGGAUCUAGUACUGUAAAUGACUAAAUCAUGACAAGUAGCAUGCCCAGCUUUACCAGCACUCAGGAAAAUCCAUGUAGCCUCUAGCUCUCGCAAUAGGGCCGUAGGCUAUGCUUGAAAAAUAUUAACACCCUCUGUAUAUAUAACAUACCCUCUGCAGCCACUUCAGAGAUAAUCGAGUGAUAGAUUGUUUGAAGAAAACAAUUUCCCUCCUCUCAGAAAUGUUAAUCAUAUCAGCACAAGCCACCAGUAACCCUAUUUGAGUUUUCCCAUUAGAGUGCACCCACAACAGUGGUUAGUGGUUUGCAUGUUUGUUUUUUCAAAUCGUGUACUGGUCACUGGUUUCUGCUGCUGCACGGUCAUAGUAGCAGUGGAUAUUGCUUUGGGAGUUCAACUAUGGUGAUAUUUGGAGCCUUGUCUCAGCACUUUGUUUUUUUUUCUGUACCUCAUAAGCCUCUAUGUAAGAAAAGUAUGACAGAAAAUUAAUAAAUUUCAU